AUGGAUGAGUUGCAGGGUCGAAUCGAUGACUUGCGGUUCGAGUAUCGUAAUGCCGCUGGUGAAUUCUUCGUCCCCGAAGCCGCCUUAUUCGAGCUCCUUUCAGAAGCAGAAGUCCGAAACUUGAUCAACAUAGGCGAUUGGGAACACCAUGAAAGGGAAGAGUUGGCUCAAGGUAUCAUGAGAGGCGCUCGUAAAUGCUUAUCCAUACUUUUGCUUAUUAACGCAAGCCAUCGUAUCACUGGAUUCUUCCAGCAUGAUUCAAUGCAGAGUUCCUGUCCUGAUGAUCGACUUCCCUACAAUGAAGACUCACUGCGCCGAGCCCUAGGGCCAGACUCUCCUCAGCGCUUGAUCAAUCGCUUUCUUGAGAUGCAGUGGACUUUCAUGACGCCAAUGUUCAAGCAACACUUCAUUUCCCGAGAAUUCGACCGAUCAAUGAUUCUACCAUUCAUGAGCGAGCGUAGCGUCGGCAGUGGCUCCAUGGGUGACGCCUACUUGGUUAAAAUCCACCCCCAAUGCCAUCAACUACCAAUUUUGAAUCACGAGGUAGUGAGAAAAGAGCUGAAACAGCGAGAGGGAGAAAACGUGCAGUCCUUCAUGCGCGAGCUGAAGAAUCUCUCUCUUCUAGCUCAUCUGAAUCAUCCAAACAUUGUUAAAUUGCAUUGCUCCUAUGUCCAGGAUCUUCCUAUCAAAUGCUACAACUUGGUCUUUGAUGUAGCCGAUGGGGGAACCUUGGCAGAACUACUCGACGGGCGCCAUAAAGGCCUCGGCUUGGACAGACACAAGCUACUCUUGGGUUUCGCGGGGCUUGCUUCCGCCAUCGAUGCUGUCCAUAACUUCACAUCUACCAAGAUGGAUCUCCAACUGACGGGGUGCCAUCAUGACCUCGCACCUCGCAAUAUCUUCGUUCAUGGCGAUAAACUUUUAUUAGCGGACUUUGGCCUCUCGACUUUGCGCAACCCUCAAGAAGACUCUUUGACAAUGUUCAAAGAUGUGCGCGGCUCUUAUGUGGCCCCAGAGUGUCAAAAGUCAAUUGAUCAGAAAUCCAUUCAAACUGGAAGAGUGAGUCGACCAAGCGAUAUAUGGUCUUUUGGUUGUAUACUGAGCGAAGCUUUGACCUACAUCUUGCGCGGCCCUCCUGGAGUUGAGGAGUUUCGCACAAAGCGACUUGUUGAAGUUGUCGAGGGACUCGAGUGGCGGCGCUUCCACGUUGGCCCAGAAAAGCCAAAUCCAUUCAUCGAAGAGUGGCUAUACCAACUUGGGAGCGAAGAGAAGGGUGAAAACUGGGUCUCUCGGGUUAUUGAUCUGAUUCGCUGGACAUUGAUCAUGGAUCCCGGAAGACGCCCUACUUCCAGCCAAAUUCUAUUUACCAUGUCGGGAAUUGCCACACUUGCUCUUAGUGCUGCGCUCGAGAAAUUGUGGGAUUCAUCCCACGCCACCAAAACCAACAAUAGCCACAGUGUUUUAGAGAAAUUCCGCUUCGAAAGCUGGGUCUUUGCUUUGACUAUGUUCUUAGACCAGCAUGAUACUCAAACACCAGGUAUACUCCAGCUAGAUUUCGGCCUCAUCACAAAUGUUUUGAGGGACAUACAUCUUGCACUACUUGAUCUUCACAACGACGAUGACCCCUUCUCCGGCCAUCAGCUACGGAUUCUGCGAAGCCACAACACAACUUUGAUUCAAGCGCUGCCUCUAAGAUAUGGAACUGUCUUCAGGCACCACCUUGUGGAGCAGUCUAUGCAGAUCUCUAGUAUGGAGAAACUCGAUAGUAUGUCCAGUGCGAUGAGGGAGGGCGACGAGCAUGACAUUGGUGCUCUCCUAGCCGUACGACGUCUCACUGUGCUUGCCGAUGAAGGCAAACUCACCCAUCGUAGUGAUCUGAUCAUCAACAACACCCUCGCCACGCAGUCUAAACUCGGCAUCCAUGGACUUGCUCGAUUGGAUGGAGAGUCAGAGGACGUCAUUAUUGAGUGGCUGAAAUACGACCCGUCUUGGGCUGACGAUAUCAUUGGACACCAGCUGCGCAAUCGCCUCUCUACAAUGGCGAGUUUGCUUAACGACGAGACGACUUCAGCUUUGCCAGGCACCUUGCAUUGUAGAGGGUUCUUUCAUGCUCCGGAAUUAACGUCUUUUGGGCUAGUAUAUCGCAUUCCAGCUCAUGAGAAUACGCCACGGACGUUGUAUGAGCUUCUGGAGGCGCGUAGGCCUGAGCCAGGAGACAAGAAGAGUUCGGAACGGUUCCGCCCGCCAUUAGAGUAUCGUUUUCAUAUCGCAUCAAAAUUGUGUCGAUGCGUUUACAACCUCCACGAGAUUCGAUGGCUGCAUCGCAAUAUUCAUUCCAUGAAUGUUAUUUGCUUUCAGCCGAAAGGCGCUAGGGACGCCGAAGCAGCCCAAGAUCCACGCCUCCUUGGGCUGGGGGCCAGCAGAGAGGACAGCCGAAAUUCUUUCACGCAAGGAUACGAUGAUGACGCCCAACUUCGCAAUUACCAUCAUCCCAGGUAUCUUGCUCAGGAAAGAUAUUGCGCAGAGUUUGAUUACUACUCGCUCGGGAUGGUGCUACUUGAGGUGGGUUUGUGGGCUUCUCUUGCCAAAGUGGCUCAGAAUCUCCCCGGUGCAGACGACAUACAAUUCAGAAAAGCAAUCGUUGAUAAAUACGUCCCACGCUUGGAUCUUACCAUGGGAACGGCGUAUAUGAGGGCUGUUCAAUGGUGCCUGACAUGUUAUGAAGAAUCACCAUCCGUAGACGAUGGCCAACGUACAAGGUCUGAUCAGUUCAAAACAAUGGUGAUGGAACGCAUUGCGAUGAUCCAAGGCGUUGACCAAGCAUAA